GGUGGCGGGCGGCGGGUGCGGAUGGAGGCCUGGGCCCCGGGCCUGGCGCGGCGGGGCCGGCGGCGGGCCUCGGGCUCCCCGCUCCCCCGGGCCGCCCUGGUCCUCCUGCUCUCGGCCUUCCUCCUGCGGGCGCCCCCGGCAGUUGGAUAUUUGAUUCGAUUACCAAGAGGUUUUAGCUUGACCCAAGAUUCGCUGAAAAUAGUGGGAUCACCAAAUUAUCCAGUGAAGGUAUAUGUUAUGGUCCAUCAAAAAAGUCCACACGUGUUAUGUGUAACCCAGAGGCUGCGGAAUACCGAGCUGAUCGACCCCUCGUUCCAGUGGCACGGGCCCAAGGGGAAGAUUAUCUCAGAAAACAGCACCACACACAUAACCACCACAGGGAGCCUAGUGUUCCAGGACUUUGAGGAGAGUAUGACUGGCGCUUACACGUGCUUCCUGGAGUACAAACCUACGGUGGAGGAGGCGGUUAAGAACGUCCAGCUCAAGUUCAUUGUGUACGCGUAUCGUGAGCCUCGCUUUUAUUACCAGUUCACAGCGCGAUACCACUCGGCUCCUUGCAAUAGCAUCUAUAACAUUUCUUUUGAGAAUAAACUUCUCCAGAUUUUAAGCAAACUGGUUCAUGACAUUAAGUGUGAAGUUUCCUUACAGAAGUCGGAAUGCCAUCAUGUUAAAAUGCAAAAAGCUGGUUUUCAAAAUGAAUUGUUUUUUAAAUUUGCAGUUUCAUGUAUAGAUACUGAAAAAGAACCCAAGCCAUGUGACGACAAUACUUGUGACCAUUCCAAAAGGCUGUCUAAGGCUAAAAACCUCAUAGAGAGAUUUUUUAGUCAACAAGUAGAAGUUCUCGGCCGACGUGCCAGCCCGUUGCCUCAGAUAUACUACAUUGAAGACACCCUGCAGAUGGUGUGGAUCAACCGCUGCUUUCCCGGCUACGGAAUCAGUGCUGCGAAGCAUCCCAAGUGCCCCGAGUGCUGCGUGAUCUGCAGCCCCGGCUCCUACAACCCCAGCGACGGGACGCACUGCCUGCACUGCAACAGCAGCCUGCUCUUCGGGGCCAAAACCUGCCUGUAG